AAUGGAAGAGAAAGACCUUCUGUGUGGUGGUACAAUUUGGGCUGAUUGUGGAGCCUUUGCCCUUUGACUCGGGGUGGAUCUGUUUGCAUGAGGCAGUUCCUGUGCUCUCGCAAGCAAUUGGCUGCGGGUGAAUUUUUGCAUGUGUGUAUUUUCGCCAAUGUUAUUUUCUCGGUCCUCUUGCAUUCGGAAUAAAAAAAAUAAAAAAAAUGCGGGCGUGUGAGUACAGGGACCUCGUCACGGCGCGGCUUUACAGAUCACCAGCAUGUUUGAAGAUUAACCAGGCCAUUCAUUAGAUCGGCUAUAGAAACUCCACUGCAGCGGUGUCUGACGAGACUCUGGGGUCGGUCCGGGUUACCAUUGCGAACCUAGCCAGAACAGUGGAGUUUUUCAUACCGGAGUGGAUCAGCGAAGAAGGGAAGCAACGCACACCUCUGGAACAUGGGUGAAAAGAGGGUCUCUCGCUGGUAUUUCGGAGGCAUCGCCUCUUGCGGGGCCGCCUGCUGCACCCACCCACUGGACCUUGUCAAGGUGCACCUGCAGACGCAGCAGGAGGUGAAGCUGAGGAUGGUGGGCAUGGCGACGCAUGUGAUCCGCAACGACGGCUUUCUGGCGCUGUACAACGUCAGCGCCUCCCUCUGCAGGCAGAUGUCAUACUCCCUGACGCGUUUUGCCAUAUACGAGACGGUACGGGACAUGAUGGGUGGGGUCAAGCAGGGCCCCUGCCGUUCUAACCAGAAGGUCCUGCUGGCAGCCUUCGGAGGGUUCACCGGGGGCUUCAUUGGGACCCCAGCGGACAUGGUAAACGUCAGAAUGCAGAACGACAUGAAACUUCCCGAGCUGAGACGAAACUAUGCCCAUGCGUUGGAUGGUCUGUUCAGAGUCUUAAGAGAGGAAGGCAUUAGGAAACUGUUCUCUGGAGCCACAAUGGCGUCCAGCAGAGGGGCUCUGGUCACAGUGGGACAGCUCUCCUGUUAUGACCAGGCCAAACAGCUUGUCCUGGGCACUGGCCUCAUGUCUGACAACAUUUUCACCCACUUCCUGUCCAGCUUCAUCGCAGGAGGAUGUGCGACCAUUCUCUGCCAGCCUCUCGACGUGAUGAAGACGAGGCUCAUGAACUCUAAAGGAGAAUACAACGGGGUGGGGCACUGCCUGAGGGAGACCGCACGAUUGGGACCGCUGGCCUUCUAUAAGGGUCUUGUUCCAGCUGGAAUUCGGCUGAUCCCUCACACCGUGCUGACCUUCGUCUUCCUGGAGCAGCUGCGCAAGAACUUUGGCAUCGUCAUCAUCUCCUGAGCUCCUGCCCUCCGAUUGGUCCAGAUUCACCAAGGACAGCAGUGACCACGCCCACUUCCCCUCGCCCCGCCCCACCCUGCACUUGAUGUCCCACAAAAGUGGAUGACCACCCAUGGACUAAAUGACCCUGUUCCUACACACUCUCGCACACACAUGUGCCUACAUACGCGCACGCGCGCACCAAAAAACACACAUUCCCACCCAUCCAGAUGCAUUGACCAAGCCUGCAAGGCCUGCGUUUCGGGUGGGGGUCAGGAGAGUUUGGGUGGGAAAAGCUCUCUUUCCCUCUCUCCUGUUCAUACCAGUCGUCCUGCACCAUGAAUCCCCCCUCCAGGUACAGAGCAUUUCAUUUACCCUGCUAGAAUGUGAGCUGUGACUCCAAUCAGCACCUCAGCCAUGACCCUGCUAUAUCCAAUCGGCACUUCAGCCCAGUUAAACACACACCGACGCACCCCCCCCCCCCUCCCCUCACCCAUGCUAUGCCCACUGAGGCUGCCAUGGACCGUCCUUUCUAAUAUAUAAUUUGGUAUUUAACUGACGCUUGUAUCCGAAGCGACUUAAGUUCAUUAGUCUAAGCAGGAGACCAUACCCCUGGAGCAAUGUGGGGUUAAGGGCCUUGCUCAAGGGCCCAAAAAGCUGUAUGGGUCUUAUCUUGAACCACCAACCUUCAGGGUCCCAGUCAUGUACCUUAGCCACUAGGCUGCAGGCUGUGGCCAAUGCUCUGCCUGUUAAAUGGAAGAGAUGGCUUUUCCCCCUGUGGUUGAAAUGCAGGUGUCAUACGGAGAGGGAGGGAGGGAAGAUGGUGUAACACCCCCC